AGGCUACUAAAUGGGCGCAUGUUUUUAUUAAGGGGCGAGGCAGAAACCCACGUGUCACAGAUAGAGGAAAUGACUCUUACGUGAACCGUCUCCUUUGCGAACGGUGGGUGGUUGUAACACACCGACUUGGUAAAGAUCAGAUGUGAUAGUAUUUCUCAACGUUGAACAACCUCACAGCUACAAUGGACACCCGUCAGCUAGAACUGACAGAGGCGCAGAAAGCUAUCAAGUCAAAAUACCCACCAGUCAUCAAGAAAUAUGAAUACCUGGAUCAUACAGCGGAUGUACAAAUUCACUCCUGGGGUGACUCUCUGGAGGAAGCCUUCGAGCAGUGUGCCAUGGGCAUGUUCGGCUACAUGACGGACACAGAGACAGUGGAACCGGUUGAUACUGUUGAUGUGGAAUCAGAGGGUGAAGACAUGGAGUCCCUUCUUUUCCACUUCCUAGAUGACUGGUUGUUCAAGUUUAGUGCAGACCUCUUUUUUGUUCCCAGGGAGAUCAAAGUUUUGCACGUUGACAGAAUGCGCUUCAAGAUCCGCUCCAUUGGUUGGGGUGAAGAAUUCUCUCCGGCAAAGCAUCCACAGGGAACUGAGGUUAAAGCCAUCACAUACUCAGCAAUGCAGAUCCACGACAAAGAAAAACCAGAGAUAUUUACCAUUAUUGAUAUCUGACGAUACCACCAGAAGCGGACUGCACUCCUUGUUCAAUGGAACUGGAAUAUCUACAUGGCCAAUUUAAAUGGCCCUUUCUCUAAGGCACUGGGUAUUGAUUGAUGUGACUGAUUUGGUUUUCUACUUGUAGGGUGAACUAUUUACUAAUGGAGCCAUUUCUUGUGAUUGUGGAUGCACACAUUACAGUGGAAAAGCUGUUUGACAGAUUAUAGAUUUGUUAUGACAUUGGUAGUUAAUGAGCUGCAUUAUUUCAGAAAUCACAAAAACUUCAAUAAAAGUGAGACUUUCGAGAAUUGUAAGAAUAUGUAGGGAAAUAUGUUUCAUGGAUGUGAUAGAACUGUUAAAUCAUUGAAAAGUAAAACUGAUUUAGAAUGAUGUAUAAUGGUUUUUAACACAUUUGUCAAUCCAGUUUUACUUUAAUUGCUAUUGCAAAUUUUUAUUAUUUAUCACCAGAAAUGUUGAUGUUUUUUAUUAAUCAUUGUAUCAAUCAACACAUGUUUAUUUUUCUGCUUUGGGAUUGAUUAAAUGAUUUCUGGUGCUCUAAGUAAAAUCUUACUUUUGAAAGUUU